AACUUACAAUAAAUAGAUAAUAGGAAUAUCAAUACUUUUCCUCUAAUUAUAUUAUGUGUUAAUGUAUAAAUGGAAAAUGAAUGUGUAUUAAUAGAAUUGAUGAUUUUAUACGUAAUUGGAAUAUGAGAUGAUUUUAUUCAAUUUUGGAAAGAAUGAGUAAAUGCUGAAAAACUUUAAAUCAAUAAAGAAAAAAAAAUCAAAAAGGAAAAAAUAAAAUACUCUGGUAAAAAGUAACCAUAGUUAGGCUCACAUGAUGAAAUUAACCACAGUUAAUUCCAAAUCUAGUUAGGGGUAACCCUAAGCUUGGUUUAAAGCAUAAAAAUGAAACCCUUCACUACUCCAUAUUUUCAAUUUCAGAUAUUAUUAUUUGGGCAAUUCAGAUUUGUUCUCUGUUUAGGGGGUUUGACUGAAAAAAACUUUUGCAGUCCCCCCAUUUCAAAUUGGUCGGAAGAAUAAAAUAAAUUACAGCCGAAUUUUCGAUUGCGGCUUCUUCAAUUUCCGAAAUUAAAGGGUAUUCGAAAAUUAAAAUUUAAGGAAGAUCCUUGUUGUCCAAGCACUCAGGACCAAUCAUUGGUCUUUUGGCGUUCGAAUUGUUUGUUGCAGUAGUGUCAAUAAUAAGGUGAAACUUGUAAGAGGCAGACGAUUGGAAAAAACAUGGAGUGCAACAGAGAUGAAGCCCUAAGGGCAAAAUCGAUUGCCGAGGGAAAGUUAGAAAAAAAGGAUUUUGCCGGUGCAAAAAAAUUUGCCUUGAAGGCGCAAACUUUAUAUCCAGGUUUAGAUGGUAUUUCCCAAAUGUUGACAACACUCGAUGUGUACGUUUCUGCAGAGAAUAAAAUAAGUGGGGAAACCGACUGGUACGGAGUGCUCGGUGUGACCCCAUCAGUAGAUGAUGAAACAUUAAGAAAACAAUACCGCAAAUUGGCUCUCUCGCUGCACCCCGAUAAAAAUAAAUCGGUUUGUGCUGAUGGUGCAUUUAAGCUUAUUUCAGAGGCCUGGAGUUUGUUGUCGGAUAAGGCGAAGAGAUUGGCAUACAAUCAAAGACGGGGCUUGAAAGGACUUCAACAAAAAGUUCAGAUGAAUAGUGGUGGUGGUCCAUCAGCACAGGCCAGGCGAAACGGAGUUUUCAGCUUUCCCAACAAGGCAGCAGCAUCAGUUCCGAAGGCCCAAAACAAUGUCGCUAAGGAAUCUUCUAGAGCACAUCCGAUUCCGUCCGAUCAAAGGAAUGAUACUUUUUGGACCAUCUGUCAAAGGUGCAAGAUGCACUACGAGUAUCUGAAGAUUUAUCUCAACAACACUCUCCUUUGUCCCAAUUGUAACGAAGCAUUUAUUGCUUCCGAGACAGAUCCCCCUUAUAAUUUUACUAAAUCAUCAAAUCAAGAACGUGUCCCUAGUCGAAAUGCUUUUGAUCCGGGAAGGAAUAUUCCGGUUCCCAAGAAAUCAUCAGGACCAUGUGAAGCAAGUUCGAACCCGUUUAGACACCCACACUACCAGCAUGAUUCGCUUCGCACGGAUCCUUCUGUAGCUGCGAAAGCAGCCAAUGUUGUUCAGCAGGCACAGGAUAAAUUGAAGAGAGCAUAUAACGAAUCACAUUCAUCUGCAGGGUGGGAGGGGUCUUUUAAACAGAGAAAACUAGACGAUGAUAGUAGUAGAUUUGGUAUAAGGUUUAAUACGGCUCAGGGAAAUGGCGGCUUUGGAAUGGGUAGUGGAAGUUUACCAGGGUCAAGAAUUUACGGUUUCUCCACCACUUGCCGUUCAAACAGUACUAGAGAUUUGACACCUGUCGAAACCCGUAAAAUGCUGGUUGUAAAGGCUCGAAAGGAGAUUCUAAAUAAGCUAAGCAAUUGGAGGUCAGACAACACAACAACAGCGAAAGCUGCUGCGGGAAAAAGGAAAAACACGAAUCAGAAGAGCAAGAAGGAGAGAAGUAAAAGCAGCAGCGAUAGUGUUGAUGAAAAAAGUGAUAAAAAUGCGAAUGCGCCUAGUGUAGAGGAUCCAGCAGAUCCUUUGAUGAGUGUUCCAGAUCCUGAUUUUCACGAUUUUGACCAGGACAGAGCCGAAAGUUCCUUUGGAGAAAACGAGGUUUGGGCUUCGUACGACGAUGAUGAUGGCAUGCCGCGUUUCUAUGCUCUGAUUAGCAAGGUGAUUUCUAGGAAGCCGUUUAAGUUGAAGAUUAGUUGGCUUAACUCGAAAAUCACCACUGAAUUCAGCACUAUGGACUGGGUAGGAUCGGGUUUCUACAAAACAUGUGGAGAAUUCAGGAUCGGUAAAUACGAGCCGUGCAAAUCUAUCAACUCCUUCUCGCAGAAAGUCAAAUGGACAAAAGGCCCACGUGGGAGCAUUUUGAUAUUCCCCCAAAAGAAUGAUGUUUGGGCACUGUACAAGAAUUGGUCGUCUGAUUGGAACGAACACACCCCCGAUGAAGUUAUACACAAAUACGAGAUGGUGACUGUGCUUGAUGACUAUAACGAAGAAAAGGGUGUACGGGUUGCUCCUCUUGUUAAAGUUGUCGGUUUCAAGACAGUUUUUCGCCCUAAUUUGGACCAAGAACUGAUAAGAAAGAUAUCCAAGGAAGAGAUGUUUCGAUUCUCUCAUAGAGUCCCGUACCACUUGCUUACGAGUGCAGAAGCUCAAGAUGUUCCGGAAGGUUGCCUAGAGCUGGAUCCAGCAGCUACUCCGUUGGAACUUCUUCAGGUGAUAACGGAAGGUAACGAGAUUCCAACGGUGCCUGAUAAAGAAAAUGCUGAACAAGAGGUAAAACAGUGUUCCUAAAAAGUAGUUUUUAUUAUAUGAGAUAUAUAUAGCCUUGGUUGAGAGAGCUCAGGCUGUAAAUACAGUUCAACUUCGAAAAGAUAUUCAAAUGACUAGACGCACCGAUAGUGGAGAUACAACAACUGUUUAUUGGUUUUUCCGAUUUCACAAAAGCGACAACACUAACUACUGUCCUAUGACAGUGCAUAGUUUAUGCUACCUUUGAAGUUGGCCUAGUUUUUUUUUUUUUUUUUUCCUUUUGCAGACAUAGUUUCUUUUGACUGGGGAAAACGAUUAAGAUAAGAAAUCGGUACAUUUUUUGGUCUGAUGUCCGAUACAUAUGUGAAAAUUAUGAAAUUAUAUUGUUUGGACAAAACUACAUGGUUUAUAAGUUGAUGUAUUUGUUGGCUUUGGCUCUUCUGCUUGA